AUGAAGUACAAUUUACGGUGUAACCGGAAUAUUAGCGAAAAGAUGACGAAAAAAGACUUCGUAUACGACAUUCGUCCACCAAUUCAAAGUUCCAGAAAGUUGGAAGAAGGAAAAUAUCCAGUCGUAUUACCACUACAACUGCGAAAAAAACAUAGUACCGAUUCGAAAAUGCCCCAAUACUCCGUUAUUUCGGAAAAGAACGAUUACAAUCAAAAUGACGACGAAAUGAAUCUUUCAGAGCAACGAGCCUUGAAAUUCGAGUGCAAUUUCUGCCAUGAACAAAUUGCUACACUUUUGUCUUUGUCCACUCACAUUAAAUUUCAUCGACGCAGAUAUUGCAAGUAUUGCUACUGGAUACUACCAGAGAACGAAACGAUGAAAGAGCAUAUCGAAAGUACUCAUCGAAUCGAUCCAGAAUCACUUUUUUGGGAGGAAGAAAAACUCACUUUGAAGAAACGUAGCAGCGAAACUUCACUGGAUGCACAAAUGGCCCAGAUUGUCUAA